AUGUCGACGACAAGGUCCCCGAACCGUUCUUCCGAAGACAUCGUCGAUACGACGCCGUUUCUUCCCAAUUCCGCCGCCGCUUCCUCCGACGAAAACAACUCCGGUAAUCGAGUUCUUCGUCGACAGAGGCUUCUUCAAGCCGCGCGGUUCCUCCGGCAAGCAAGCGGGAGGAGAAUGAUGCGCGAGCCCUCGGUUGUUGUCCGUGAAGCUGCGGCGGAGCAAUUGGAGGAACGGCAAAGCGAUUGGGCUUAUUCCAAACCCGUUGUAAUUCUCGACAUCGUUUGGAACUUUGCAUUCGUCGUUGUUGCUGCAACCGCUUUGUUUCUGAGCACUAAUGAAUCGCCGGAAAUGCCUCUUAGGUUGUGGAUUGUUGGUUACGUUCUGCAAUGUGUUCUUCACAUGGUUUGUGUUUGUUUCGAGUAUAAAAGACGGAGAAGGUUCCAACGUUCAUCUUCUUCCAUAGCUGUAGCAGGUUCUGAUAGGCUUGGUACUAGCAGUGGGAAUUUGAGUUCAGGUUCUCGUUCUGUUUCAUUGGCGCAAUUUGAUGAAGAGGGUACAAGUGUCGCAAAGCAUUUGGAAUCAGCCAAUACUAUGUUUUCAUUUAUUUGGUGGAUUAUUGGAUUCUACUGGGUAUCAGCGGGUGGUCAAACUUUAUCCCAAGAUUCUCCUCAGCUUUACUGGUUAUGUAUAAUCUUUCUUGGUUUUGAUGUUUUCUUUGUCGUUUUCUGUGUUGCGCUGGCCUGUAUAAUUGGUAUCGCUGUUUGCUGCUGUCUUCCAUGUAUCAUCGCACUUCUUUAUGCUGUUGCAGACCAGGAAGGGGCAUCAAAGGAAGACAUUGAGCAGUUGUCAAAAUUCAAAUUCCGAAAAGUUGAAAGUAAUGAGAAACAAACUGGAAAUAUCGAAGGACCUGGUGGAGGAAUAAUGACUGAAUGCGGGGCUGAUUCACCUAUUGAACAUGUUCUUGCUGAGGAGGAUGCGGAAUGUUGCAUCUGUCUUUCUUCUUAUGAAGAUGGAGUUGAACUACGAGAACUUCCUUGUGGUCACCAUUUUCACUGUGCCUGUGUGGAUAAAUGGCUGUAUAUAAAUGCUACAUGCCCCCUCUGCAAGUAUAACAUUUUGAAAAGUAGUAGCCUCGAUCAAGAGGAAGUGUAG